GGUUUACCACUUCCGAGGUCGGCCAUUUUAUAAGACGCUUCGUGAUCGCGUAUGUUUGGAUGCAGGGUGUCUUUUACUCUUUUUAGCUGCGAACUUUAGUAUAAGUUCAUUGUGUGAUUAUAAAUUGUUUGCACAGUGAAAGAAGCCUCGACAAUGAUAAAACAAGAGGAGAAUCAAGUGCAAAAUGAUGAACGGGAUCGAAGUAGAGAACGAGAUCGCAAUCGCAGAUCAGACAGACAAAACCGCAUAAAUUCAACGAGUCGUGAUCGGAGCAGAGAACGGAAUGAUCGAGGUGGCCGAAAAGCUUCGGAUCGUCGGAUUUAUGUAUCAAACAUUCCCUGUGAUUUUCGCUGGCAAGAUCUUAAGGAUCUUUUCCGGACCGAGGUUGGAAAAGUUGCGCAUGUUGAACUUUUCACUGACGAAAAUGACAAACCGAGAGGUUGUGGAAUCGUGGAAUUUGAAGAUUUAGACUCUGUGAAAAUAGCUGUGGAAAAAAUGCACAGAUAUGAUAUUAAGGGAAGAAAGCUAGUGGUGAAGGAGGUAGACUUUGAUAUCGAACGUGACAAAUAUGGUCGGUUAGCCACUGCUCGUAACAAUGAUAGAAUCCGUGAUGACAGAUUCAGAGAUCCACCACGACCACAAGGAGGUGGACGACAAAAUAUGAAUGUUCCCACUGGUGGUGGCGGUGGUGGUGGCGGAGGUGGUGAUAAUAAAUUUGGAAAUACUUAUGGUUUAAGUACUCAAUUUUUAGAAUCAUUAUGCAUUAAUGGACCUUUAGUCACUAGAGUAUUUGUGGCAAAUGUCAAAGAUGCAUCAAGUGGAAAAGGUGCAAGGUGCAUCAAACCCCUCCCCCGCCGGUUCCCCGCGGUGGGUAGUUACACAAAGGUGAAACACUCGGGCGAAGUGCGGAAAGCGACGCAUGCAUAUUCAGCGGCGAGGCCGACGUAGUCAUAGGAAUAAUAAAAAUUCGAGGGUUGAAAUUAUUUAGAUUUAUGCCCGCUCUCUUGUCGUCGUGCCGGCGGUGACGAGAAGCGAUUCGAUUCCAGGGAACAAAUUUCAUGCAUUAUUCAGGACCUGCCGCAAUGCACCCCAGUCAAUGGAACCGAUCCUUUGGAAAAAGUCGUUUUUAAUCUCUCGCCGCGUUCCAAUAAUGCGCGUGCACCCGCUCGCGUUCCGCUUUCACCCCCUUUAUGAGCGGAAACCGUGUUUUCUGCUUUUAAUGCGGAAACGGGUUCGAACGCGAACAAUACACGCAACGGGACCUAUCCGUGUCUGUGAAUAGGACAAGACACCGGUUUAGGAAACUGUGAUUUAGUUUUCAUCUACACGCGUAACGUAAGCGUUGCUUCGAUAAUUCGGAAGAAUCCGCGAAAUUUCGACGUGCGACGCGAAAUGCAAAAAUUUGUAUUCAUUCACGUCAGGGGUGUCAAACUCGAAAGCUAUCU